AUGCGUGUGUACCAUCCCCCAUGGAUCACAUCAGUCAGCCUCCCUCCUUCUCUUCCCCCCAUCCUCUUCGCCUUCCACCGCAUUCCGCAAGCGUCACCCUGCCACCCAAUUCCUGCCACCCCUCUCCCCGCCACCCCACUCCCUGCGACCUCUCCAGGCGACUUCUACCCGCAUCGAUCCACCGCCGCCACUGGCGCGCCCGCUGCCGCCGGGGCAUCCGCCGAGCCCCGCCCCUGGUUGAGGUACGCACCAGGCGCGCGCCCGCUUUGUCCCACACCCGUGCGCAUAUGCUCUCCCCUCAACUACCCCCCUCCACGUGCGCGCGUGCCCGACCCCUCUAGCAGUGCGGCGUGCGCGUGGGCGGCGCCGUUCGCCCUGGGCGCCGUGGUGGGCGCCGUGGCGUGCUCGCUGCUGCUGCUGCCCCUCGCACUCGCGCCGCUGGACGCGCAGGGGGGAGACGAGGAGCUCCUGCUGCAAUCACACGCGGACACGUGGCAGGAGGGGCAAGGGGCGUGGCAGGGGGGAGCGGCAGCAUCGUGGGAGCAGCCUGUGGUGCCCCACCCGCCUGCCACUGCUGCGAGCGGCGCACUGCCCUUGGCUCCCCUCGCUGCCCUUGACUCCGGCGGUGCAGCUGCCAGUGGUGGUGGUGCGGGUGAGAGCGAUGGUGACACGGAGGGAGCAGAGGUGUGGGCAGGAGAUGCUGCCAUGCGUCAUCUGCAAGGCAGGCACCCAGCAGUGCGCGCGCUGGUGGAGGCGAACGGGCAGCUGAUGCGGCAGCAGCGGCAGGCGGUGGCAGUGGCGGAGGAGGACGAGAGGGGCAUGCACGCCGUGCUCACUGCCGCCCUGCAGGAGCUGGAGAGGGAGCGUCUCAUGCCACAUGGCACCGUGUCAUUGGUGCAACCGGAAUCCAUGGCGGCGCUGGCAGAGGCAGUGAGGGCGAGGCAGGGGGAGGCAAGCAAGGCAGGCGCGGAGGGGCAGGCAGCAGGCGCCGCAGCAGGCGCAUUGCAGACAGCAGAGCAUGCGCUGCUUGGUGCAGUGGCAGCGGGGGGAGGGCCGACGGCGGACUUGCCCUCCCUUGUCAGCCAGGCACAGGCGGCUGGGCGCGUGGGGGGGCGCAUGGGGCAUGGUGCAGCAGGGGCGAGCGCAGGAGAGGGGCAGGGGAAGGUUGCAGCGGAUGGGGAGAUAUGGGGCGGUGGGGGGGAAGGGAUGAGGCGGUGCAUGGUGCUGCAGUGUGCGGUGGAGAGACAGCAGCGGGCAGUCGCUGCAGGUGCGUUGAGGGUCCCAACACACAGGGCGGGCUGGGCUGGCUUGGGGGAUGACCGUGGGAAACCACGUGUGGCAGAAGGAAGGCUGGCAUGUGCGUGUGGCAGUGGUGGCAUGUGCGUGUGGCAGUGGUGGCAUGUGCGUGUGGCAGUGGUGGCAUGUGCGUGUGGCAGUGGUGGCAUGUGCGUGUGGCAGUGGUGGCAUGUGCGUGUGGCAGUGGUGGCAUGUGCGUGUGGCAGUGGUGGCAUGUGCGUGUGGCAGUGGUGGCAUGUGCGUGUGGCAGUGGUGGCAUGUGCGUGUGGCAGUGGUGGCAUGUGCGUGUGGCAGUGGUGGCAUGUGCGUGUGGCAGUGGUGGCAUGUGCGUGUGGCAGUGGUGGCAUGUGCGUGUGGCAGUGGUGGCAUGUGCGUGUGGCAGUGGUGGCAUGUGCGUGUGGCAGUGGUGGCAUGUGCGUGUGGCAGUGGUGGCAUGUGCGUGUGGCAGUGGUGGCAUGUGCGUGUGGCAGUGGUGGCAUGUGCGUGUGGCAGUGGUGGCAUGUGCGUGUGGCAGUGGUGGCAUGUGCGUGUGGCAGUGGUGGCAUGUGCGUGUGGCAGUGGUGGCAUGUGCGUGUGGCAGUGGUGGCAUGUGCGUGUGGCAGUGGUGGCAUGUGCGUGUGGCAGUGGUGGCAUGUGCGUGUGGCAGUGGUGGCAUGUGCGUGUGGCAGUGGUGGCAUGUGCGUGUGGCAGUGGUGGCAUGUGCGUGUGGCAGUGGUGGCAUGUGCGUGUGGCAGUGGUGGCAUGUGCGUGUGGCAGUGGUGGCAUGUGCGUGUGGCAGUGGUGGCAUGUGCGUGUGGCAGUGGUGGCAUGUGCGUGUGGCAGUGGUGGCAUGUGCGUGUGGCAGUGGUGGCAUGUGCGUGUGGCAGUGGUGGCAUGUGCGUGUGGCAGUGGUGGCAUGUGCGUGUGGCAGUGGUGGCAUGUGCGUGUGGCAGUGGUGGCAUGUGCGUGUGGCAGUGGUGGCAUGUGCGUGUGGCAGUGGUGGCAUGUGCGUGUGGCAGUGGUGGCAUGUGCGUGUGGCAGUGGUGGCAUGUGCGUGUGGCAGUGGUGGCAUGUGCGUGUGGCAGUGGUGGCAUGUGCGUGUGGCAGUGGUGGCAUGUGCGUGUGGCAGUGGUGGCAUGUGCGUGUGGCAGUGGUGGCAUGUGCGUGUGGCAGUGGUGGCAUGUGCGUGUGGCAGUGGUGGCAUGUGCGUGUGGCAGUGGUGGCAUGACAGGCAUGCAUGCAUGCAGCACGUGCUCUGUACACUGCACUCCGUCCUGUCCCUCCCUUCUCCACUUCUCGCCCUCCCAUUCCCCCUCAUUCCUCUCUCGCCCCAUACCCCAUGCCCCGUGCGCGUUGCCCUCGUACCCCGUUAUGGCAGCGCGGGCGCGAGUGGAGGCGGAGCAGAGGGCGGGCAAGGCGUGGGCGGUGCUGCAGCGGCAGCAGCAGUGGGGCGAGGGCGAGGGCGCAGGCAGCGUGGCGGGGGAGGCGGUGCGCGCCGGCACAGUGGUGACAGUGGGGGAUGUGGAGGCCAACCUCACUGCCUCGCCCUCUGAUGCCCCGCACGUGGACUCUUUCCACCGCCUGCUGCUCUACCUGCGCCCGCUCGCCUCGCUCUUCUCGCUGCCCCUCGCCGCCCUCCUCUCCCCCAACGCCACCCACCCACUCGCCCCUCGCCUGCAAUCCCUCAUCGACGCCACGUCAGCACGCCUCCAAGCCGCCUCUGCCAGCCUAGCGGCGGCCCAGUCAGCCUUGGAGUGGUCUGAGCGGCGGCUGUGGCUGCGGUGUGGCGUGAAGGCGGGGGGCACGGUGUGGGAGGAGCGGCACGACAGCGAGCUGCAGCGGUACAGAGCGGUGGCGGGGGCAGCGUUUGACAAGUGGUGUGUGGCGUGGGGAGAGGCUCGCCCCUCUCACCGCCUCACUGCUGCCCUCGCUGCACCGCCUCACAUCUGGUGGCGCGGCGGCUUGUGGGAUGGCGAGCAAGGAGCAGCUGGGGUGGAGGGUGGUGCUGCAAGCAAGAGAGGAGGGGGGGUGAAUGCAGGCAGUGCAGCAGGCGAGGGGGAAAGGGAUGCUCCCGAGAUCUCCUUUCUGCUGCUGGCAGAUCCAGGAGCAGCGCAGCCUGCGGUGGCAGCAGUGGCACCAGAGCAGGUGGUUCAGCGUCUUCAUGCCUGCGCCUCCACACUGCCUCGCAUGCAGCCAGCAGCAGCAGCAGCAACAUCACCACCCAACCCCACCCCUGAUGAUGAAACUUCUCCUUCCGCUCCUCGCAUGGGCCCUCCCCUGGCGGAGCUGCUGCUGCUGCUCCCACCUGACAGCACACACGCAGGGCAGCAGGGCGACGAGCAGGGCGAGGGGAAGCCAAGCGACGAGCAAUGGGGUGAGGGGCAGCAGGCAGGUGGGGUGGAGGCGUGGCAAGCGGCUGGUCGCAGCAUUGACCCGCAGCUCAUGCUCGUACUGCCGCUCGUGGCGCCGCAUGCUCAUGGUGCUGCCACGGAGGUGAGCGGCGCAGAGGGUGGUGGUGGCGAGGCGGCGGAGGGCGGUGCGCGUGCAGUGGGGAUGGCACCGAUGGCGGAGUGGGAGGGGUUCGAGCUGCUGGCCCGCGCUGCCACUGGCCGCCUGCUGCUCCUGCUGACGUGGCGAGACCUGCCAGCUGUGAUGCAUGGGGAGGGCGAGGAGGGGUGCAAGUGGGUGGAGCAGCUGACUGCAGGGAUGGCCGAGGAUGGGCGCAUGGGGGUGGUGGGCGUGCGGACAAGCAGAGUGGAGAGGGGCGUGGGGAGGGCAGAGGAGGAGGGGGAGGGCAGGCAAGGAGAAUUGGAGGGGGAGGUGGGUGGUGGGGCAGUGGUGGCAGCAAUGGCGCAGUGGGGUGUGGUGGGCAAGGAGGGAAAGGACGGGGCGGGUCUGAGUGGGAGUGGUGAUGCAGGCAAGGGGGCGGCAGGGGGCAGAGAGGAGGCAGGGAGGCGCCUCACAGGCUACGUGGACGGCACUCCCCUGCUUGUGCGCCGCCACGCCCUCAUGACACUUGGCGGGCUGGGAUUGGCUCCCGGAGCACCAGCUGCAGGCGCGGCAGCAGCAGUGGCAGGUUGGGCUCUGUGCACGCGCAUGUGGCUGGCUGGAUUCAGGGUGAGGGCAAUGCGCGCAUUCACGGGACACACUUUGGGGCCUUUUGGAUGA